AUGAAGCCACUGUUGAGGAGCGAGGACUUCGACCCCGGACGACAAAUCCAAGUUUCCUCUGAACAUUAUCUUUUUGGAGACCGUCGCCGAGUUGUAAAUGAGAGUGUCCCUUGGUGCGUUAAGGACAAAACCUUGAAGGAAUGGGUCCAAGUAGACCUGGGUUGUUCUUCACCUUUGGGAAUGGGGUCUCGUAAAAUCCGUGAUAACCAAAUAAAGGUAUCAUCAGUUAAAAAAGGGGAGCUAAAUGCGAAAGCUAGCAAUGGACGCCUUAAUACCGUCGGUGGAUGGUGCGUGGAGAAGCUGGAAAAUUACGAGUAUACUAGAUCUAACAAGAAACACAAGAGCUUCCUACCCAAAGAGUUUUUAGAGGUCGAUUUGUUGUCAGAGAAGUUUAUCGACGGUUUCGCCACCCAAGGCCAUUCGAGCAGAGGUCUAGGUCGUUUUGUGACAGGAUAUUUAGUGCACUACAGCGUAGAUGGAUUUUCAUGGGAUGUGAUCACCUGGGAAGAACGAGAGAGGUAUUUCAUUGCUAACAGGAACUCCAGAGAUACAAAACGGCAAUAUCUGAAUCCGAGAAUUCGCGCACGAUACAUUCGAUUUGUCCCGGUUACGUGGUACAACUAUAUUUGCAUGAGAGUUGAAAUCUACGGCUGUGAUGCUGGUGAAUCUCUGCAAGAUAAAUUAGAAAAGAAAAUUCUCGACGUACAAAGCGAACGGGUGGAAUAUGUCAGGAUGGAAACAGGAAUAAAUAAAAACAAACAUCGAGAGCCUAUUAAUUAUUACUACAAAACGGCUAUCUUCAAAUGUGGAAAGCCACCCGACGACGGUAUACCCUGGAGGAACAAUCGAUAUCUGUUGUAA